UCACAUGAGCCAGGAUGAAGGGGGAAAAUCCUGCCAGGAACAGAGAUGGGCUGCGACCUGAACCUGAUCAAGGGGAGAUACAGAGCAGUACCCUGAGAGCUAUAUAAGAAUGUGCUCGGCACAAGAGCAAACACUUUUUCAGGUGAAGGACUCUCAUGAAUCAGCCAUGCAUGUGAGUGAAGACACCGUUUCAAGGAGGCUUGGAGCCACUAACAAAACAUGUUUGUAUUUCAUCAUCGCUACCCUCGCCACAUUACUCGUCUUUGCACUAGCCACCAUCAUGGUCUUAGUCAUUCAGAGGACGGCAGCUGAUCCUGCCACAGAGGGCAUCACAGAACGCAUCCGCAAAGGGAACACCUCCGAAGACUUUUUAAGAAUUCUACAGAAUGUCCCGACCAAGGGAGCCGCUGCGUACAUGAGAGUGUCAAGUCCAGUAAAUGGUUCAAAACUGAGCUUGGUUGGGAAGGGCAUAUGUGAAAACAUCCAGUGCAAGAGCGAAGAGCUGGUGAUACGGCAACAAGGCCUCUACUUGAUCUACUGCCACCUGAACUUUCAUUUUGCCAACUGUUCAAACAGCCCCACGGACCUCAAGAUAGAGUUCCUUGUAAACGGCAAAGUCAACCGGCAAACAUUAUCCACAUGGUGCGCAUCAGACACGUGCCAAGAAAAGACUUUUAAGACCUUGUUCCAGUUGCAUUUGACGUACCUGAACGUGGAGGACCGGAUAUCAGUAACACUUAAUCAUCCUAAAUUAUUGAAUGAAAUUUCCCUUCCCAAUGAUAAUGUUCUUGGGGUCUUGAGGUACAGUGAUGAAAUGUGAGAAGUCCUCUGACUUCCCACUGCUGCCCAGACUUUCUCUGUCUUUCUCUGAAUGACAGCAGCCUGCUUUUACUAGGCUACACCUUGUUUCAUGUUUCCUAUCUUACCUCAUUGUUAGGGUAAACAAGGAACUUUGUGUCCCAGAAUGAAAUCUAAAGCUACAAGACCCACAUCUGGCAGAUGUAGGGUUGCUCUGCUUUGGCUCAGGGUAGGACUGGUGUUGGACUAUCCAGCACACAAUCCACAGACGUGCCAGUGGUUCCUCAAAACAAUGCUGUGCAAAUACAGGCCAAAAUGCAACCACAUUAUGGGAAGAGUACACAAUAUCAAGGCUUUUUGGCUAAUGCGCUGCUGGCAAGGUGCCUGUGCUCAGGAGAUGGAGAAAUCCUUUUGUCUAAAUUUUAUGGUCUAGUCAUUGGCAAGGUCAUUAAAAAAAUUAACUAACAGUCAAAGCUUGUAAUUAAGGCUUUUUUUUUUUUUUUUUUCAAGUAGAGCGUGCAACCACAACUCUGGAGCAGGUUUAUGGAUAGAACAUAGAGAGUAAAGAUGAGGAAAUUACUGACUCCUAGGCUGGUAGCUAAAACUCUGGGACAGGAUGUAGGAGACCUGGGACUCACCAGACAUUUCCAGGCUGCAUUCUGCUAUGGACUUUAUGCAAUUUAGUUCCAAGUGUCUUCCUUUUCACUAUUUAUCCAUUUUUUCUAUUUAAUAUUAAGCUCUUUGGAGCAGAGACUUCGUAUAUGCACAAUGCUUAGCCUCUGUUUUCACCCAGGGCUUUUAGACUUUUCCAUAAAGAGUAUUAAAAUAACAAUCUUGUGCCACAUAACAAAGAAGUUUGUUACGAUGUAUUUUCCUCAAAUCCUGUUCUGCUUGUUUGGCAGUUUCCUGAGUGACACGAUGGCAUGCCGGUGAGAAAACACACCCAAAGACUGCACUCCUGGAAAAUCCGAGAUUUAGAUCUGAGGUUCAGACUUCCCCAAAGAUGAUUUCAGACAGCCCAGUGGACAUAGGUCAUUUGAUAUUCUUUGAAUUAGAAGUUUAGAUAAUUAAGUAUACUUAAAAUAAUCUCAGGCCCUCUUAUUCUGUGAAUUUCAGUAACACAGACUUUUACUUUCUAUGUAAUUCUUAAAGUGAGGGGAGGGAUUGAAAAGUUACAAAGGGCUCAUGCUUUCCUUUUUCUCUUCAUCACCGAGGUUCUACUAAAGCCUGUUUUAUUUGGAACUCAGCCCUGGGUACCUCUGCAUUCUUCCUUAUACAUAGUUAAGCUGGGUGAACAGUUUUCACCAAACCUUUUAGUCAUGAGUUUGGUUAAAAAAUCAGUUUCUGGCAUCAGAAACCCAGGAAGUCUUUUAUUAUUCAGGCUUAUCUGAUGAACGGUUUGUGUGAGCACACUCAAAUUACUCCUCAUGGAACUAAUUUCCUACUUGUGUUAUUUCACUGGAAACUCCUGGUACAUACUUGAGGUUUCAAUCCAUUGACCAGGUGAUUUCAAAAUACACAAAAACCUUUCAGAGGAUCAUGAACAGUCAAGCUCAUUCACUGUUAGGGAUACCUGCUUUCUGCUUUGACAGAUACUGAUGAAAGCAAAAAUUCCUUUGCUAACUAUAGCUGGGGGAAAGAAAAAAGAAAAAAAAAAAAACUAAAUUCAUGUUUUCUUUUUCUCUUUCCCCCUUAAAGAAAGGAAAAUUAUUUUUAUAAGAAUUCCCUUGCCUUGCCUAUGACAUUGUAACCUCCACUCGGAUCACAUUACCUGCCUGGCCCCUGUAAAUCUAUCCCAUCUUGGAACAGGGUUUUUAACCUCUGUCUGCCUCCACCUCGAUACACACCACUAAUACUCAGAGAAGUUUAAGAUAGUCUGGCAGUUAGGAAUCAUAGCUCCUGAAUAUCGAAAAGGCAGCUAAUGAAUGAAAAUAUGCAUUUACUCCCUCCACUACUGCCUUUCCCUGAAGGCUUUGAAUUGAAGAAGAAAGCCCAUUAUUUAAAAAAAAAAAAAAAAAAAAAAAAAAAAAAAAAAAAA